ACUCCUCUCUCCCUCGUUCAGUCCUUCCAAACAACCAAAACUUUCUCGCUACCCUCCAUUUUCAGAUUUUCUCCCACGAAACUCUCGUCACCUCCAAAACAUUUUAUCUCUCUCUCUCUGUUUCUUUCGCUACUACUGUAAAUUAGGUUUCUUUUAUCCUUUUUCAUCGAUCUUUUGUUUUCAAAACCUGCAGACAGCUAGUCUUAAUCCUUUUCUGGGUUGAGUUUUGAGUUGUUAUAUUUUGAAUGAGAAACGAGACGGGUGGCACGAUGGUUGUGGAGCACAACAAUCUCCAUCCCCACAACCAUCAGCGGCAGAAGUUCGGUGCUUUGUUACAACAUUCUGAUUCUCCGGCCGCGAUUUUUAGGAAGACCAAUAACGAUGAAGACAGUAAUUAUAGUAACAAUCCCCGGAAAAGCACUUCUUCUUCUGCGACGAGUCCUAGAGAUUAUAACAACGUCGCGAACGGCGGUGGCGCGCCGUCUAGCGGCGACGUGUCUCCCUACACAUUGUCGCCGUGGAACCCAUCCUCUCCAUACACCAAGUCGCCGUGGAUUACGCCAACACCGCUGCUUAACGAAGAUGAUUACUUUAACCAUAAUGGGCUUAUUGGGUCGAUUGUUCGGGAGGAAGGGCAUAUAUAUUCGCUGGCGGCAUCUGGUGAUUUGUUGUACACCGGUUCCGAUAGCAAGAAUAUAAGAGUUUGGAAAAAUAUGAAGGAGCAUUCGGGUUUUAAAUCCAGCAGCGGAUUGGUUAAAGCGAUUGUGAUAUCCGGUGAUAGAAUUUUCACAGGUCACCAAGACGGGAAGAUUCGGGUAUGGAAGGUUGCUGCCAAGAAUGGUCACCAUAAACGGGUAGGGAGCUUGCCCACGUUGAAAGAUUUCGUGAGAAGCUCCGUCAAUCCGAAAAACUACGUGGAGGUCCGCCGGAAACGGAAUGUUCUGAGGAUCAAGCACUACGAUGCGGUUUCUUGUUUGAGUUUGAGUGAAGAACACGGCUUGUUGUACUCCGGUUCUUGGGAUAAGACCUUGAAAGUCUGGAGAUUAUCAGACUUGAAAUGCCUUGAAUCCGUAGACGCUCACGAGGACGCGCUUAACUCGGUGGUGGCUGGGUUUGAUAGCUUGGUUUUCACCGGGUCGGCGGACGGGACUGUGAAAGCUUGGAGGCGGGAGCUCCAAGGAAAAAGGCCGAAACAUUUCUUGUUUCAAAUCUUGUUGAAGCAAGAAAACGCCGUCACCGCAUUGGCCGUUAAUCAGUCUUGCGCCGUCGUCUACUGCGGCUCUUCCGAUGGGCUAGUCAACUUCUGGGAACGAGAAAAGCAGCUCUCCCACGGCGGCGUCCUCCGCGGCCACAAGCUGGCGGUGCUCUGUUUGGCGGCCGCCGGGAACCUCGUAUUCAGUGGGUCAGCCGACAAGAGCAUCUGCGUCUGGAGGCGGCACGAAGGCGGCGCUCACACCUGUCUCUCCGUUUUGACCGGCCACACGGGACCCGUCAAAUGUUUGACCGUCGAGGAAGAUCGUGAUGCCGACCAUAAAGGCGACCAACGGUGGAUUGUUUACAGCGGCAGCCUCGACAAGUCAGUGAAAGUUUGGCGCGUGUCGGAACAUGCUCCGACUUUGCGGGAGAACGACGCGCCGGCCGCCGCUGCUGGGAGGUUAACCGUUAGUGCAUCACGGCAAAGCACGAGGAACCGCGAAAGCAGUUGAACGUGAAAUACAUCGCGCCAGAUAGUAAAUGGGGAAACGCGAGUUGGACGGAGGUGAUUCCACGCGCGGAUCCCUUGAAAACGGUUUAAGCGAAGAAAAUGCCGUGCAUGGACCACCUGAUUCCUGGCUUGCGGUUCAAGUUAUUUGGUAUGGGCGGCACAGACUAAUAAUCAUGGUCUGCACGAAUCAGAUCACGCCACGUCGGUAGAUAGAAUUUUCAGAAUGGACCAUAAAGUUUUAUCAUUAAUUUUAAUUUAUAAAGCUCUGCAAAAUUUUGAAUUUAAAUUUCAAAAAGGGAAUUGUGUUGGGUGAAAUGGUGUAACGGAACUUGGAGAGACUCCUAGCCGUUGAUCUCUACGGGUAUAUAUAUAUAUAUAUAUGUAUAUAUAUAUAUAUACAUACAUUUUUACUCCAUGUGAAUUGCAUAAUACAAUGUUCGACAAAUUGGGUGUAA